UUGACCUUUGACGACGUAUAUAAAUUGUACAGUGGCGAGGAGUGUGUGUAUAACGGAAAAGAAGCAGCGUGAUGGAGAAUCGAGAAGAAGUCAAGUCAAUCAUCCGGUACCUACCGGUGUUUCUCCGGUCAUCUAAUAUAUUCUGGCCACCUCCAGUCGUAGAAGCCCUUAAAUCACUCUCCGGCGGCCCUAAUUGCAGCAACGUUGAUUCCGGUGAACUUCUCUUCCUCGCCAUUUCCGACAUGAGGAACUCCCUCUCCCUCUCCGCCGAUCCCUUGUCUCCCUCCGCUCCUCACGGAAUAUCUCUAUUCUUCGAUGAUUUAAUGUCGCGUGCCGAGGCCACCAAGUGGUUUGGAGAUGUGGUGCCUGAGUUGGCCAAGCUGGUGCUCAGGUUGCCCGCGCUUUUGGAGUCUCAUUAUGUCAAUGCACAGCAAGGGACUGCUUUGCGAUUGUUGGAGUCGCAAGAGCCUGGAAUUGUGCUUCUUAGUCAGGAAUUGGUUGGUGCGCUUCUUGCAUGCUCUCUCCUUUGUCUAUUUCCAGUCGCUAUCAGAGGUGCCAAACGUCUGCCAACAAUCAACUUUGACCAAUUAUUUGCAAGUCUUUAUGACAGUUAUGAUGAGAAACAAGAAAAUAAAAUCAAGUGCAUAGUUCACUAUUUUGAGAGGAUAUCUUCACAUAUGCCUCGGGGAAAUAUUUCAUUUAUGAGAAAAGUUCUUCCAUUGCAACAGAGUUCUUUUGCCAUCUCUUAUCCGAUGCCUGGUCUUUGGAAAAAAUCUACUGUUUCCCUUUGCCCAUUUCAGGUCUACAGUUCAGGCUUAAUCGAAGAUCAAACUGAAGAAGCUCUUGAAGUGGAUUUUGCAAACAAGUAUAUAGGUGGCGGAGUACUCCAUAAGGGUUGUUUGCAGGAAGAAAUACGUUUUGUGAUCAAUCCGGAGUUAAUAUUAGGCAUGCUUUUCUUGCCUGCCAUGGCAAAGAAUGAGGCCAUUGAAAUUGUUGGUGCAGAAAGGUUUUCAAAUUAUACAGGGUAUGCUUCGUCCUUUCGUUUUUCAGGCAACUACAUGGAUAAAAGAGACGUUGAUAUGUCUGGAAGACGGAAAACGAGAAUCACAGCUAUAGAUGCGAAGAGCAACCCAGGUUAUAGACAAUACAAAGUUGAAUACAUCAUGCGGGAGAUAAACAAAGCGUAUUGUGGAUUUAUUGAUCAGAGUUAUAUUCAGGAUAUCAGACCUCCGAGUUGCACGCCUGAAGAUGUUUAUAUGGAAACAUCAUCAACAUCUUCAGGAGAUAAUAAGAUACUUUCAAUUGAUAAGUUGAACAAGGACUUUGAAAGAAAGGGUGAUCAGUGUAUGGGCCAACAUGAUAGUAUUGGAAUUGCGACGGGAAAUUGGGGUUGUGGUGCUUUUGGAGGCGACCCUGAACUUAAGACCAUAAUCCAGUGGCUUGCUGCUUCUCAGGCAUCAAGACCUUUCAUUUCAUAUUACACAUUUGGUAUAGACAAAUUGCAGUCUCUUGACCAGGUGACUCGGUGGAUUAUGUCACAAAAAUGGACCGUGGGAGACCUUUGGAAUAUGUUGAUAGAGUAUUCAUCUCAGAAACUGCAAAGAGAAACUAAGGUUGGCUUUUGCAGUUGGCUCCUUCCAUCGCUGCAUGCCCAUGACCCAAUGGAUUUAUAUUGAAUUAGUUGUAGGUAUUAAUUUGUAGGCAGCUAGCCAUCAACCCAGAGUAUUGUUCUUCAGAAAUCAGUAAAAUGUUUGUGACAUGGCAAGAAUAGUUACUUUGGGACAUACUUGCAAAUGACCGAUUGGAUAAUGGUUGUAUCUUCACUCGGGGAUGGGUUGUAGUAGGGAACUUGUUAAGUUAUUAAUAUGUUUGCAAUUUUGAUGAAUAA